GCUAGCGCGAGGCUUGUGUGUGGUGUUGUAUCGGGAAGAAGCGCAGCCAUAGUGCGACCUCAGUGUUCAGAACGCUCAGCUAAGCUGCAUCGGAGUAUCUUCUUAAAGACUGUGGAAAUUGAGCUUCCAAGAUGGCAAAAGGUGAUCCAGCAAAGCCGAAAGGCAAAAUGUCUGCUUAUGCCUACUUCGUUAAGACCUGUCGUGAGGAGCACAACAAAAAGAGCCCUGGGGUCUCUGUGAAUUUCUCAGAAUUCUCCAAAAAAUGCUCAGAAAGAUGGAAGGUUAUGUCUCCUAAAGAGAAGACCAAGUUUGAGGAUCUGGCAAAGCUGGAUAAGGCACGUUAUGAUCAAGAAAUGAUGAGCUUUAACCCAGGCAAAAGGGGCCGCAAGAGUAAGAGCAAGAAGGACCCUAAUGCACCUCGGAGGCCACCAUCUGGAUUUUUCCUGUUCUGCUCUGAGCACAGACCUGGCAUUAAAGCUCAGAACCCCAGCUUGAGCAUUGGUAGUGUGGCAAAGAAGCUUGGUGAGAUGUGGAACAAUCUAACAGAAUCUGAGAAACAACCGUUUAACUCCAAGGCAGAUAAACUUAAGGAGAAGUACCGGAAGGAUGUGGCAGACUACCAGCGCAAGGGGAAAUCUGAUGGCGGUGCAUCAGCUGGCAACGCAAAAUCAAGGUACGAUGAUGAGGAUGACGAAGAGGAGGAGGAGGAUGACGAAGAGGAUGAGGAUGACGAGGAUGAAUAAAGGGCUUUGUAGCCUUAAUUAUACAGUAGGGGUGUCCCAUCACUGCCACUGUGACUUCAAACAAGGCCAUAUGUUUGGCACCCAUGGAGAGGCCCUUUUCUACAAGCUAAGAUGUUUUAACUUGCAGAAAACCGACUUCUAAAUGCUUUCUUUCAAGCUACCCUAAAUCUCUUUUGCAAAAAGGGGUUACUGUGUUGGCUGCCUAGUUCUAAGCUUCUGGUAAUUUAGACAUACAUGGGUGUUUUAAAGCUGUUAAGGUUGUUUCUAUGUAACUAUCUUGGAAAGUUCAUUUUAUUUUUCUAUUCUCCCAGCUUCAAGUUGCACAAUUUAAAGUUGGUAGAAUGAUGUAGCAAAAUUCUGGUUUAUUUUGGGAUUUGCUGGAGGUUGAACAGCUGUUUUAUGGCCGGCUCUUUGCUACAGUGCACCAGUUUUUCUUAACUUGUUUUCUAUCAUUUUGGGUAAAUGCACUGAGCCUUUAUGUAGAUGUUAUGGCAUUUAAGCAGUUAAAGCUCAAACCUCCACCUGGGUAAAGCCCUUAUUUGUGUUUUUAUGCAUAGAUAAUACUGUGAUGUUAAAUGGCACAGCGUUUUUAGAUCUAGUGUAUAACUUGUGUGUAAAGUGUUCAAUGUUUGGUGUGUUUGGAUUCUAAUAGCAUAUGCUUAUCAAUAAUUUGAUGCUGGUGUAUGGCUAUUUAUCUAAUAAAGUUAUCAAUGAAAUCGGA